UCUCAUCCUCCUCUGGUUUCCGGCCGGUUGCUUUCAGGUGGUGCACAGAGCAGCUCACCGGAUGUUGAUGGAGUCGCGUUGCUGAUCUGAUCGAUGCUUCUAUCAGACACUCUGAACAACACUCCACAUCAUCGAUCAGGAUGUCUGCGUCGCUGCUCAGGAGAGGACUGGAGCUGCUCAGCGGGGAGGUCAAAGAUGUCAGUAAAGUGCAGAAGAAGAAGAAGAAGAAGCAGCAGACGACGCCCAGCUCGGCCACGGUGAUGGAUCUGGUGAGCACGAAGCGGCAGGGAGUCACCCGGCAGGUCAAACGUCUUCAGGGCCGCCUGGGGCCCGGAAAGAGCAAAGCCACGGUCAAAGACAAGAGGAUCAAGUCUGCAGUGGAGGAGUUCAGGAAGAAGCAGAGGACGAGCCAGAUGAGCGCCAACCUCAAGUACUUUAUGGGAGAUGACUACAAAACACCAGAUUCUGACACUCUGAAGAUCCUGAACCACAACUCAGGCCGACAGUCGAGGAAUCGCCCGGAGCGACCGGCCAAGAAGCCAAAGGAGAGCGAGUCUCUGUUCACUGAGAAGCAGUUCCAGCAGUUCCAGCAGGAAUACUUUGGCAGGACUGUCGAGGAGAAGAAAUGAAGCGCACCAAAAAAAACCACAAAGACACUUCAGCCUCGGUGGAAACACGGGAGCUGCUGAUAUUCAGGUUGUUCUUCACAUCGUUCUGUUGGUCUCGACCAGGAUAAUCCAGUUUGAACUUUUUUUUUAUCAAACCGCAAAUUCAAACACACUGUAUUAAGUUUUCAAUAUCAAGAAUCACAGUUUGACUUUGUUAUUUUUGUUCAGGGUGUAACAGCAAUAAAUCCACAUGCACAAAAUAUGAGUUUUUAUGAGUUUCGCCACUAGACUUAACCAUUAAAAUCAACAAGUAUUCACAUUCAGUUCUGAACAUGAAGACCAAACAAAGUUUUUAAAGUUGCACUGUUUGAGAUUUGGCCAGAAUUUUGGUUUAAAAAUAUAU